GUCUAACAACUUUUCCAAAUCUGUAUGUAACCCGACCUAUGCAUGGUAGAAGUAUGUUUGCAGUCUUACAACCACAUGUAACAUUACAUUUACGAGUCCCGUUGCCUACUAAGAAUCUCACAUGGCUCACAUGAUCGGUACUGUCUCCUUGAUAGGACAUGAAUCAACUGAGAACUAGCCUGUGCUGUAGCCGAGAGGAUGAAAGUCGCUGUGGGUCGCCGGCCUCUGGUCUAUUGUAUGCUCCUGCUCAUCACCGUGUACCUCACGGGCCUGAACUGCAUCUAUAACCAGACAGGGCUGUUGAGAUACGGCAAAUCCGACGAUUGCUCUUUAUCAACAGAGGGAGAUUGCGUUUGCGACUGUGGUGAGCCAAAAGGUUCAGAAUCACCUCUCAGGGCCACACAACGAAGUGUUGGCUUUGUCCAGGACCUUGUUACUAAACCCGAGAAGCAACCAUGCCGAACAGAUGAAGUGGGUGAUGGACCAAUUCACUGGCGAGGAGACGAGAAACCUGUCCUUGUGUUCGAGCAUGACGGAAAGAAGGAGAACAAAACGUGGUCGACAUCUCUGCAGAUGGUGACUGAGUCGUACAACCUGGUGCGAGUCAGGCAGGCGUUCUCCCGUCCAUGGGCACCAAAUAAGGAAAACUUGGAUAGAUUAAGGAGACAUUUAAAAGAUUGUUGUGACGCGCAAAAGGGCAUGAUUCUAACCAAAGAGAACGGGAUCAUGGACUACGACUAUGAAUUCCCCAAGCUCAUUGAUAGCGAGGUGAAAUUGAAGCUCAGCGAGGAGUUUUAUGAUGAGUUUCCACAGAAAACGCCGAUACCGGAGAAAAUGUAUGGUCGUUGCGCUGUGGUGGGUAAUGGUGGGAUCCUGAAGGGAAGCGGAUGUGGGAAGGACAUUGACAGCCACGACUUUGUCUUCAGAAUAAAUCUACCUCCGCUGGGGAAGAAACCAUCCUAUGACAGACAUGUUGGAGUCAAAGCAAACCUGACCAGCACCACUACAGCCAUGCUCCGGAAAUACAGACCGAUACUGCAGGACCCACAGAUGCUGGAUAAAUUCCUGAAUGAAACUUCCGUCUACAAAGGGCUUCUGGUCGUCAAACGACCGUUCGAUUACGUGGUUGCCCUUCAAAAGGGAUUAGAGAAAAACUUGUCGCAACUGAAGAUCGUUUACCAGAAUCCGGUUCACUACCUGGAUGUCAGCUGGUACUGGAGUAAACAAGGCCUUCCGGGCGUCAUAAGCACAGGCCUCUAUCAGGUGACUAACGCCAUCAUGCUGUGUGAGGAGGUGACUCUGUACGGCUUCUGGCCUUUUCCUAUCACCGAGAUAGGAUCGAAGGUUGGCUUUCACUACCACUCCUCUCCCAUCUUCAUCGGCCCUGCGGCCGGGAUGGAGUCCGUGUACGACAUGGGCAAGGAGUUCAUGAUGAUCAGGAAGCUGCACACCAUGGGCGUGGUCAGGGUCAUGUUGGACAGGUGCGAGAAAUCAGACGAGGAGUGAUGUAUCUCCUGGCCGAACCUGGGUGAUCAUGGCGUAUUGAAGUCACCGGAAUCAGUGCAUGAAGAGCUGGGAGCAGGAAACCAGACAGAAUUUCCCCGCGGCUUGAGCAGGAUAGUACUUUUGUACCACGGCUCAGUUGUUUGCUGCAGUGAUAGUAUUAUAUGUAAUCAGUGUCUACUGUGACUAAAACGCACGACGCUGUGAAGUUGUCUUGUAUGGAGUGUUGUCUCAUGAACACUUGAAACUGGUCAUCAUUGCAAAAUUGCACAUGACGUCCGACGUAUGUACUACUAUGCCAUUUUGGUUAGAAGUAAGAAUGAGACACAUUAAAUCAGAAACACCUGGUA